AUGGUCAAUCAUCUAGAACUAUCAACUUUCGAGCAUAAUUACAUUGAAGAAUGGAUACAGAGCAAGUAUUCACAAUGGGCCGAGAGCUUACAAUUCAGAGGAUAUGUCAUGACCAAGAAGAAGUCAGAUCUUAAGUGGUCCUCUUCAAUCUUGGCUCUGACAAGCUAUCAUCUUAUACUCUUCUCCGAGGGCAAGGACAUGACGCGCAAGGCACCAAAGAUCUACCACGUCUAUGAUAUUAAACAGUUGAUAAACAAGGUCGACAAUGUACUCGCAAUUGUAUUACAGAGAGGAAAGCAAAAGUCCAAGCUAAAGGUCAAGACAGAGUGUUUGGAACAACUGUUUGUGGCCGUGCGAAGAUUGAAGCAGAUACAGCAUGGAGAUCAUUGUGCAGCUGAACUCACUAUCACUAUCAAGUCCAAUGUUGGUCUAUUACAACGUGGUACAGGUGGCAACGGCGCCAACAACAAUGGCACUUCAAAUGGCAAUGAUACAACUUCAUCAUCAACAUCAUACACUAUUGACACAUUCAUGGACUCUUAUCGUGGAUGGUGCAGUUACUAUCUGUCGACGCCAAACCCAACGAUCACUGGACUGCUGGCCAAGUUGUACGCGGAUGGAAAUCGCGAGCUUGACCUCACCGGCGACAAUGUUCAGGUGUCAGAGUUCUCUGACAUUGACUACGACCUCAUCCCCCUGUUCAACGCGCUGAUGCACGACCAUUACUUUAUUGGCCUGACAGUGCGCGACAUCAAGAAGGAUGCCACAAUGAAGGCGCUAGCCGCCACCGUGCUGCACAACUCGCAUCUCAAACGUCUGUCGGCCAAGCACUGCGUCAACGAGGCGAUGCACCACCUGUUCCUGUCGCUGUCGCUCAACAAGCGCAGCGCCAUCCAGAUUCUGGACGUGUCGGACGACCCCCUGUCCAACAAGGCGACGACAUCGCUCAUCGCCUGCAUGAUGCAGUACCAACACGCACUCAUACAUCUCGAUCUGUCCAACUGCAACAUCCCACCCAAGCAGCUGUCGCUGCUGUUUGAGGCGCUCGAGCGCAACUUUGGCAUGUCACUCACGAUCGAGCUGCUCAACGUCUCCAACAACAAGUUUGACGAGCAGACCAACGCCGCCUUUGCCAGCUGGAUCAUCAAGUCGCAGGGCCACUCCAAGCUGAAGCAUCUCCUGCUCAACGGCACAGGCAUCUCGGCGUACAGCUUCUACUCGCUGAGGCAUCUGGCGCGUCUGGAGCACCUUGACGUCAGUAACAACAAGCUGGAGCUGGGUGGUGACCUCGAGAAGCUGCUGGCGGUCCUGUCCACACAGACACUCUACCGCCUAGAGUGCAACAACUGCCACAUCAGUAAGAUGGUGGCGGCAGUCAUACUGAUCAAGAUGUCUGAGAAGAAGGUGUCUGUGCAUCUCGAGCUUAUGGGCAUGACCCUGACCACCGCCGACGAGAGCUACGAAGACUUCUUGGACGCCCUGUGUCUGUUCCGCGAGUCUGAGAACUCAAUCAAGCGACUGAACCUAAAGCAGCUGCGCGGCACCGAGAAAGACAAUCCUCUCGUUGCUCCAGGUGUUGGCUGA